AUGUCUGACGAGCACCACGAGACCUUCGAGUCCGCCGAUGCCGGCGCCUCGAUGACCUUCCCCAUGCAGUGCUCUGCUCUGCGCAAGAACGGUCACGUUGUCAUCAAGGGUCGCCCCUGCAAGAUCGUCGACAUGUCCACCUCCAAGACUGGCAAGCACGGUCACGCCAAGGUCCACCUUGUCGCCAUUGACAUCUUCACCGGCAAGAAGUACGAGGAUCUGUCUCCCUCCACCCACAACAUGGACGUCCCCAACGUCUACCGCAAGGAAUACCAGCUCCUCGACGUCACUGACGACGGCUUCCUGUCCCUGAUGGAUGAGGAGGGAGGCACCAAGGAUGAUGUCAAGCUUCCCGAGGGUGAGGUUGGUGAGAAGAUCGAGCGUAUGUUCAAGGAGGAGGAGAAGGACUGCAACGUCACUAUCCUCACCUCCAUGGGUGAGCAGUGCUGCAUGGAUGUCAAGGAGGCUCCCCAGAGCAAGUAA